AUGGAGACACUCCCGAGAGAGGUCGCCGAGCAGAUCCUUGCCCUCGCAUGCGCCGAUGGAGGGCGGACAGCCUGCUCCAUCCGCGCUUCCUCUAGUGCUCUCUUCGGCGCUUCCAAGCGACGCUCCGUGAAGCCUCUCCCGCAGCACGCGCAGGUGUUCGUCACCUAUUUCUGGUAUCGCAUGCUCACACCAACGUGGCGGCUAGACAACGUAAUACGUAUCGCAUCGCGCACUCUCAAGUCGCUCACUCUACUCAUCGAAUCCCCCUGCCCUGAGCUAUACAUCUCCCUGCUCAGCACCUCAUUUCCCCGUCUGCUCGCGCUGUCCCUGCGCUACCCCAAGAAAUUCCAGCCCGUGCGCCCCGUACCCUCGAGUCCGGUGACAUUUCCGAGACUGCGCAGCUUGCACGUCGCGUAUACGAGCCGGACGAGUCUCCGGCUUGCACAGUACGGGCUAUGCGCCUUCUCCGCCAGGGCAGGAUGUGACCUGGAGAGGGUGCGCGUGUCGGGCGUGAUGCUGACAUGGGGCGGGCUGGCGCCGGAUAUCCUGCAUCUGCGCGCGCUCCUGGGCAUCGACGCCGCCCAGCGCAACCCGUGCAUGUCGACCUUGUCGGGGAUCGACACGUACGUCCUCUCAGCGCUACACCCGCCGCACGAUGUUAUCAGUCCCGAGGAGGAGGUCGUGAUUCAGGCAGAGCUGGAAGAACUCGCAAAAGAAGCGAAGGAACGAGGGAACGUCGAGCUCGUGCUUCUUCCGUGCACAGGCGACCCGCUGACCUGGCGCGAUCCGAAGACGCUUGCAGAGUGGGAAGAGGACUGGCGGGAGGCUGAGGGCGGUGCGCUGCCGUGGGUCUGGGAGGGCGCCAGGACUUGGAGAUGUUGA